AUGUGCAUCCUAGAAAAAUUGCUACUAUCUCCACGUCAGAUGUCUCCUACAAAGAGAAAUGCCAUAUUCAAGACAAAAUGCACGAUUAGUGGUAAAGUGUGUGAUCUACUGAUCGAUAGCGGGUGCACCGAGAACAUCAUCUCGCAGUCUGCUGUUAAUUCAUUGAAGCUAAAGACAACGAAAAAUCCCACACCAUAUAAGAUCAUUUGGGUGAAGCGUGGUGUGGAAGUUCCUGUAUCGGAGAUGUGCAUAGUCAAUUUUUCCAAUGGAAAACACUACAAUUGCGAAGUGUUAUGUGACAACAUUGACAUGGAUGUGUGCCACCUUAUUCUAGGGCAACCUUGGCAGUUCGACACUGGUGUUCUAUAUGACGGGCGCACUAAUUCUUAUUCCUUCGAGUGGAAGAACAGGAAGUUGCGGCUACUUCCAAAUUCUCACAGCACACCAUCUUCUGUCUCAGGGACUCGGCUAGCUUUGAAUAUAGUUACAGGAAAAUUCCUUAUCCAUUUUGGGCAUGAAGCUAAGGGAAUCCUGGCUGUUUUUGUAGCUGAGGAGAAUUCAAGACUCCAAACCACUUCGCAUCCAACAUCCCUGCAACAACUGCUGACCGAAUUUGAUGGCAUAGCUCCAACCGAACUUCCCCAGGAAUUGCCACCACUGAGGACCAUACAAAAUCAAAUCGAUUUGGUUCCGGGAGCUUCUCUACCCAAUUUUUUGCAUUAUAAAAUGAGCCCAACAGAACAUAAAGCAAUGCAAUAG